AUGUACAGAAUAACUUUGGAGCCGAUAUAUAAUUUGGAUAAGAACAGGACUGAAGUGAGAUGUCACCUGAGGAGGAAACCACCGCAAGUCGUCUACCAAGUUUGGUUCUAUGUAACUGUAAAUUUUACUAACCUGAAUGAACGGUUUGAGACUGAAAGAGUCAGCUACAAACAGGAAGAACCACAACCAACAUUUGCAAAAAGUGAUCCACCUCAUGCGUCAAAAUUUGAUAACAACAAAUAUGAUCCGAAUAUAAAUCAGCAACCAAUAAACAACGUGGCACAUAAAGACAUAAAACUCAGCAGAAAGGUUAUAAAUCAUUUUGAAUUCCUGCAAGUACAACAUGAUUGGGGAUUGGACGGAGCAUACGGUGACGUCGUACUCGUUGCUGAUCUUGACCUCAGCAACCUUGCCAGCAGAAGUAGAAAUGACCAGACAAAUAACUUUAAGGUGCUCACCUUGAAAAAUUUCAUGAAAAUGCAACAACAAAAAUUUUUACAUAAAAGACAUAGCUAUAAAAAGAACAAUGACGAAGCCUACCUCGAAAUCAACAAAAACGAUCGUUCAAACUACAAGGACAAAAAGGAUAAUUCAUUUUCAAGAGAGGAUCGCACCAUCGGAAACAACUCCACCAACGGUGGAAAUGUGAGAAUAAGAAAAGAGAAAAGUGAUCGAAACGGAUUUUCCAGCAGCAAGCAGCUGGCCGACAACGUGUACAUUGCUGAGAACAUUCACUUCAAGCAACCCUUCGCGUACAACACGCACAGCUGGGGACGGAGUGGUUGCCAGAAAAAUAAAAAACAUUUUGUUGGCUACGAAGAAAAUGAUGAUGAUGAUGCCAGGGGUGAUGAAGGUGAUGUUGAGAAGGAUGAUGAGGAGAACGUAAAUAGUGCAGCAGCUGAAGAUGUACGUGACGACGAUGAUGAUGAUGAUGAUAAUGACAAAAAUGAAGGAAUGAGUAGUGAACGGGUGAGUGUCUUGAUUGAUAGAUCGUUUGAUGGGAUGGAGUACCUCUUCAAGUCGUUGCGUCAUCCUCCCCACCUACGAUUGUCCAUUGCAGUCAACGCCGAUAUAUACAUGGUUAGUGACAGUGAUGCUGGAUGCUGA